CUCACUGCUCGUCGACUCUGUACGUGUGAAAGAGACUCGUGUGUCUUUAAGAGAGCCGCAUUACAGGUGGGAUGACGCUGUCGGAGAGACUCGGUGUGGUGGGGACGAUGCGUUUGGUGGGUUAACAGCACUCAUUUCUACCCCUGUCUCUAAUGCUGAAGAAAAGCUGGUGUCUGUUAUUCACGGCCGAAGACGGCGACGCGAUUCUUCUCCUCAGACCCGACGCUAAUGCUGUAUCCAUGUGCAAUGCUUUUGACAGCUUUACCCCAACUAAAUCUAAAGGUUGAUGACCCUAUUGAUAUGCUCCCCAAGUCAAGAAAAGCCCUCAGCAUCCAGGAAAUCGCAGCUCUGGCCAGAUCUUCGUUUAAUGGAAUCUCUCAGGUGGUGAAGGACCACGUGACCAAACCCACAGCAAUGGCUCAGGGUCGUGUGGCUCAUCUGAUCGAGUGGAAGGGCUGGUCCAAGCCUUUAGACCCUCCGUCUGCGACACUGCAGUCCCACUUCAACUCGUACAGUCAUCUGAGUGAAGGAGAGCAGGAGGCCAGAUUUGCUGCCGGUGUGGCAGAGCAGUUUGCUAUUGCUGAGGCGAAGCUCCGUGCGUGGACUUCGGUAGAUGAGGAGGAGAUGGAGGAAGAGUCUUAUGAAGAAGAUCCCCCUCUAAAUCAUGAACCCAUCACAACCACUUUGAGCUCAGACGCUGUAUUAUCCAAUCAGAGAUGCUCGUUGUCAAAUCAGACCGAAUCGCACACGUCUGAACUCCCUCUCAUUCAGACGGACUCCGAAGACCUUCUCAACCCAGACGAAGACCCAGCACCGACCCAGGAGAUCCAGCUUUCAGAAGCAGAUGGCGAACAGGCCACGUGUGCGCUUCACAAAGCAGAGCGCAGGCCUCUGUGGAGCAAAGGAGACUCCUGCUACUACUCCACAUCCUACUCGGAAUCCGGCCUGUCGCCUGAGGAGGAAGACCAGGACGACAGAGAGGAAGGAGAGGACAACGUGUUUCAGGAAGUCAUCCGCUGGUACAGACACUGCCGGAGCAUCUCCGACACUUCUGGAGCCCUUUCUUUUGAUGAGGAAGAGGAAGAGGAGGAGGAAGAAGAACAGGACAAGCAGUGACGCUGUGCUCUCGCUCGCCUCUUUGUCUCUCUCCCUCUGUAGUGACCCUUCUGUGAAGUGUUUGUCCAGUCUGUUAUGCAUUCAGAGACCAGGACUCGUUUUUUUUUCUUCUUCUACGGUUUGUUUAAAGGGGUAGUCAUUUUAGAAAUGCCCAUUCUGCUAUCAUUUACUCACCCUGGUGCUGGUCAAAAUAUUUUUUCUUUCUUUUUUUUUAUUCCUAAGCAGCAUAAAUGCUGUUUGGCACAAUUCUGGUGCUAUAUUACUUUACAUAUAUUUGUUUAUAACUUAGGGUGAAAUGGUGGCUCAGUGGUUAGCAGCAAGAAGGUCGCUGGUUUGAGUGCCGCCUGGGCCAGUUGCCAUUUCUGUGUGGAGUUUGCUUGUUACUCCGGGUGCUCCGGUUUCCCCCACAGUCCAAAGAAAUGCGGUAUAGGUUAAUUGAACAAGCUAAAUUGUCCUUAGUGCAUGUGUGUGUGAAUGAGUGUGUAUGGAUGUUUCCCAGUACUGGGUUGCAGCUGGAAGGCCAUUCCACUAUGUAAAAAAAUAUGCUGGAUAAGUUGGCGGUUUAUGCCGCUGUGGCGACUCCUGAUGAAUAAAGGGACUAAGCUGCAGGAAAAUGAAUGAAUGAAUGUUUAUUACAUAUAUUGCAUGUAUAUUAUCGACAACACCUAUUCUUGUUUCAGUACAAUUUUGAAAAACUUUUUUUGAUCCGUUUCAAUUGUUGACUACUGUGUAUAAAUAUAAGUAAAUUUA